AUGGGGUCCCGGGGUGAGGCCAUGGCCAAGGGCCAGCCACGCGAGCCUGAGCCCCGUGUCCGCGCUGGAGGCGGCCUGGGCGGCCGAGCCCCUCACCCCACCAAGCUGGGGUCAGGCCCCCGGCGGCCCGGCGGGGCCACUAGAGGGCGCCGGGAAGCCCCCACCCCACCCGACCCCCUUUUGCUGGGAAGCUGGCCCCGAUCUGGGGGCCGGCCUUCCCGGGGCAGCCGCGCCCGGGCCUCCUCCCAGCACCAGCCCAAGGGGCGGCCGACUGAGCCCGGCCAUGGACCCCUGUGCGCCCUGAUCGAGACCGGCCCGGGGGUUGCCGGCGGGGGCUCUGUGAGCCCUGAUCGCGAUUGGCCCGGGGGCCCCAUGCGCCCUGAUCGCUCCCCCGGCUCGCCAGCGGAGGCUGGGCGCGCCCUGAUCGCGCCCGACCCGGAGGCCCCGUGCGCCCUAACCACGCCGGGCUUGGAGGUGUGGUUCCAGAACCGCCGGACCAAGUGGCGCAAGCGGCACGCAGCGGAGAUGGCUUCGGCCAAGAAGAAGCAGGACUCGGACGCGGAGAGGCUGAAGGUGGGCGGCUCGGACGCCGAGGACGACGACGAGUACAACCGGCCCCUGGACCCCAACUCGGACGACGAGAAGAUCGCGCGGCUGCUCAAGAAGCACAAGCCCGCGAGCCUGGCGCUGGUCAGCCCGUGCGGCGCGGGCGACGCGGUGUAG